GCUAUCGUUUACAAAGAGUCAUCCAAUAUUUUUCAAGGCUCGUUUUAUAUACAGAAUAAAAAGGGUUAUCUCAACUGAAGAAUCCUAUACAGGCUUGUACCUCGAAGCUGUUUCGCGCGUUAAACGUUACAUAUGUAAUUCUUACACACACACACACACACACACACACACACACACACACAAACACACGCUACGUUAAAUAUGUUUUGUAAGAAUAAUGGGGCUCUCUCGCUUCGAGAUACUCGACAGUACUCAGUACGACUUUCACGAUGGCAGAGACUGGUAGUUCUAACGGUACCAUCAAAUUGCUCGAGGAUCUCUUAAGGAUUCUCAAAGAGGAAAAGCUCUUCGAUGCGAGAUGCGAUCAAUCGGUGAUUAAUUUUCGUCAUCCAAAGGAUCUCAAGAAUAUAAUAUCGUUAACGUUAAAGGAGGACGGUGCUAGUUCCGAGGAAAUCGAUAUUAUCGUACGACAAAUAAUCAAAUAUUCGGUGAAAACAUUUAGUCCGAACUUUCACAAUCAACUUUUCGCGGGUGUAGACGAAUAUGGAAUGGUUGGUUCUUGGCUCACCGAGAUUUUUAAUACGGGCCAAUAUACGUUCGAAGUAGCACCGGUAUUUACGUUGAUGGAACAUGAAGUGUUAGAGGAAUGUUUAAAGCUCGUUGGAUAUCCAUCGAUACCAGAGGCCAAUGGUAUUUUAUGUCCAGGUGGUAGUUUAUCCAACAUGUAUGCAAUAGUAAUGGCCAGGUAUAAGAUAUUACCUGAAAUCAAGAGAAUGGGAUGCAGUGGUUUUCCACCUUUGGCAUGCUUUUCCAGCGAAGAAGGUCAUUAUUCUAUAUUAAAAGCUGUUCAUUGGUUGGGUAUUGGGACCGAGCACGUUCACAAGAUCAAGUCCGAUCAGUUAGGAAAAAUGUUACCGGACGAUUUGAAGAGAGCGAUUAACGAGGCCAGGGCCAAUGGGGAAUUACCAUUUUUUGUUAAUGCAACGUGCGGUACCACGGUUCUGGGUGCUUUCGAUCCAUUGCCAGAAAUAGCAAGGAUCUGCGAGGAAGAGUCCCUUUGGAUGCACGUUGACGCAUGCCUAGGUGGAACUUUAUUGCUUUCCGAAAAGUAUCGUGAACGUUUGCGUGGAAUUGAAUUAUCCCAUUCGGUAGCUUGGAAUCCGCACAAAAUGCUCGGUGCACCCCUUCAGUGUUCUAUAUUUUUGGCGAAGGGUAAGGAAGCGUUGCACAAGACCAAUUGCGCUGGUGCUAAGUAUCUCUUUCAACAGGAUAAAUUUUACGACGUAUCCUGGGACACAGGCGACAAGAGCGUUCAAUGUGGUAGAAAGGUAGACGCCAUGAAAUUUUGGCUUAUGUGGAAGGCACGAGGUACCAGCGGUUUGAGAAAAUCGGUCGACAUCGCAAUGUCCGAGGCUGAAUAUUUUUUCGAUAGAAUAAAAUUGUUGGAUGGUUAUAGGCUCGUAUUGCCGAGUUACGAAUGCUGUAACAUAUGCUUUUGGUACGUACCACCUAGUAUGCGCGGCCAAGAGGAGACCGAUGAUUGGUGGCAAAAAUUGUACAAAGUUACAACAUUGAUUAAAGAACGAAUGAUUCUCGAUGGCACCCUUAUGAUCAGUUACAUGCCCCUGGCGUCUAAAAAUCUAGGAAAUUUCUUUCGUAUGGUCGUCACCUGUCAACCACCACCUACGCAUGCUUCCAUGGAUUAUGUCAUCGAUCUAAUCGAGAAGUAUGGAGCGAAUUUGUAAGAAAAAAGAAAAAAAAGGACAAAAAAGAACACACACAGGAUUUCUCCACGUCUUAUUCCUCCGUCCAUCUUUUUCUUUCACCUGCUAAUUCUUUUUACAAUUAUUUCACUUUGUUCUCCUUUUGUUUUCUUAUUUUCUUUUCCCCCAUCCUUUUUAUAUCACUUAUCACAUCUUCCUUUCUAUCAUUUUGUCGUCCUACGAAGAAUAAUAAAUACAUUAUGUUAAUUAUAACGAAUGAUGAUUUCAUGAUCAUUUCGUUUCCCAAAGAAUUCCGAAGGAUCAUUCGAUCGGUAGGUACAAAUAAGAAUAAUAAAAAGAAUUAGACUCGUAGCAACGACUAAGGGAAAUAUUGUCUUUAUUAAUGUAAACGUUUGGCCAGUGUUUUGGCGGUGGGGCUUGGGAGAUAUCGCGGGGAAAGGAAUUGGCGGGGGCGGGUGGAGUACAAAUAUUUGUUAAUAUUUUAUCUGCAUUAAAGAGCUUAGAAGAAUAUCGAUGUAAAAAUUAAAGACCGCCGAGAUCUUUCUAACAGUCUAAUCGUAACGAAAGUAUAUCUUCCAUUUGUUUCUUUCUUUCUAGCAUACUUUCUCUUUCUCUCUUCUUAAUUACUCCUAGUCAAGUACGGAGAGUUUUAAUCAUUUUUUAAAAAGGAGUUGUUAAAUAACAUGCAACCAUUACAAAAUGCAAUCGUUAUUAAGUUCUAAUUCGACAUUUUUCUCGCUUAAAAUCAUCAAUCACGACAGGCAAUAAGGCAUAUCGUUUUUCCUUCUUUUUUUGCGCGAUUGUUCCCUUAAAUGUAAUUCAAAACUCGCAUUUACGACUCAAUAUGAGCCAAUAGCAAAACGUAACUCAGGCGAAAGCCAAUGUAAAGUUACGUGUAUAUAUAUGUGUUUGUAUACAUAUAUAUAUAUAUAUAAAAGUAAUAUUUUUUUUAAAACGCGUCCUAUAUGUACAAACUCAUGGCACUACGUUAUUCGGUAUCAAAAAAUCCUCUUUCUUCUUUCUAUCAUGAAGAAAUAAAAAAAAAAAAAAAAAAAACAAAAAAUAACAAAAAAAAAAAAAAAAGAAAAAGAAGAAAAUAUUCGUUAAUCUAUCGUAUGUAUGUACAUCCCUUACGUUUGACGAAACCUCAGCCUCGAUUGGUUUAUAAAACGCCUGAAACUUCUUUGUACAAAUAUAGAUUCCAAAUACAUAUUUAUCAUAUCAAAGACACAUUCUAUUCACUCGCUUUAUAACACGCACAUUCGUAUCACAGACGUACACGCACACGCACACGGUUUUUUCUUUCACGUAUUUACAAGAAAAAAUAAAAAAUAAACUAUAUGUAAAUAUUCUCUCGUAAAAAAUAGUUGUCCCAUAUUACACGUUAUAUAUAUCAAUCGAAUGUUCAACCGUCUAAGGCGUUUACAUGAUAAUCUCCAUAAGAUUAGGCUUCUCGGGGUUUAUUCAUUCGUUCUCGUGAUAAAAAAGUGUACGAGAUUAAACUCGUCGUUAAUUUUUUUUCUUCUUUUUUUCUUAUCAAACGCAAAUCCAACGCGUUAUCGAUCUUAUUAUAAGUAAUUAGUUUAAUUAAGUAGAUACUCUGCAAAAAGUGCACUUAACGUAUUGCUUUUACGUUCUUGUAUAAAACGAUAAUAUACCCGAUAUAUUUUU